GUAACCCGGAAGCAGAAGAAGAAGAGGCAGCCUGGCAUACAAGAUGGCGGCUCUCCGCACCGCGCAUACUGCUGUCCUCCACGCAGCUCUCAGGCUCUAUAUCCGAGCACCGGGACCUCCUGCCUCGGCUGUUGGCCUCAGGUUUGUCAGUUACGCUGCCCCAGAAGACCGAACGAGUGUCCCGUUAGAAUCCACGGAGGAAUACAAGUUCGUGGAGCGGCUGAUCCCGCCCUCCCGGGUCCCCGCUCCGCCUCCACACGCCGGUCCUUCCCCGUCCGGCUGGACUUCUCCGGCAGACACCCCGCCGCCUCUGCCCUACAUGGUCCGCCGCUCCCGCAUGCACAACAUCCCGGUGUACACCGACAUGACCCACGGCAGCCGCAGGACAACGCUCGUACGGAAAGUGGAGGGGGACAUCUGGGCUCUGGAGAAGGACGUGAAACAACAUCUGAAGGAGGUGAUGGGGAAGGAGCCAUCCACGCAGGUCAACGAGGUCACAAUGACAUUGAAGGUCAAAGGUCAUGUCGACAGUGAGUUGAAGCAGUGGCUGGCCAGCAAGGGCUUCUGACUGUGGGUAUCGUGCUGAGCUCAAGGGUCAGAUGCUGUCCAAGUGAAGAGGACCUCUGGGACUCUUUGGGAUGUCAACACAGCACAUUUCAAACAUGGAAAAAGAGCUUGACCUGCUGCCACUUAACUGAACUCUUUCCGAUACCAGAGAGACGUUAAAGCUAUGGGAUCACGGGUUGUUAAACACAUUUGUAUGUAAUGACUGUAACAUCUCACAUAAAAUAUUCUACAACUUCA